CGAAAACGUUAGGGUCAUGUGAUCGGCUGCCCGCAGCUCUCAGGUGGGAGGCCCGUGCUGGAUGGCGGCCACGGAGUCCUUGAUGCUGCUGUUGCCGCUCCUCUUUCCGCCGGCCGGCGCCGCUCCCGCUGCCUGGGCAGGGGGACCCAGCCUGGAGGAGCGGCUCUUCCCGCAGGUGCGGGACCACUUCAGCUUCGAGACGUACGGUAACGAGACCUUCCCGCAGCGGUACCUGGUCUCAGCAAAGUUCUGGAAGAAAAAGUUUGGACCCAUCUUUUUCUAUACCGGCAAUGAAGGUGACAUCUGGACUUUUGCUCAGAACUCUGACUUCAUAUUUGAAUUAGCAGAGGAACAGCAAGCACUUGUGAUUUUUGCUGAGCAUAGGUACUAUGGGAAGUCUCUUCCAUUUGGACUUCAGUCAACACAGCUGAAGAUGACUGGUCUGCUUACUGUGGAGCAAGCACUUGCUGACUAUGCAGUGCUAAUUUCUGAGCUUAAGCAGCAGUAUGGUGCUGCAGACUGUCCUGUCAUUGCUUUUGGAGGCAGCUAUGGAGGAAUGCUCAGCGCUUACAUGAGGAUGAAAUACCCAAACAUUGUGGCUGGAGCAUUAGCUGCCAGUGCUCCUCUGUUGUCUGUGGCUGGGCUUGGAGACCCCACCCAGUUCUUCAGAGAUGUAACAGCAGAUUUUCAGAAGUCCAGCCCAGGUUGUGUCACAGCUGUCCGCAAAGCCUUCCAGCAAAUUAAGGAUCUGUGCCUGAGUGGAGCCUACAAUGAAAUCAGCAGCAAAAUGGCCACGUGCAAUAAGAUCUCUAACAAGGAGGAUGUUUACCAGCUUUUUGGGUUUGCUAGAAAUGCCUUCACCAUGAUGGCCAUGAUGGACUACCCUUACAAAACCGAUUUCAUGGGUCACCUCCCUGCCAAUCCAGUGAAGGUCAGCUGUGAACAAAUCCUUGCCCACACAGACCCAAUUCAAGGCCUGGCUGCUCUUGUUGGGGUGUUCUACAACUCCUCCGGCUCAGCACAGUGUUACGACAUAUACCAGCUGUACCAGUCCUGUGCUGACCCCACGGGUUGCGGCAUCGGCUCAGAUGCUGAGGCCUGGGACUACCAGGUUUGUACCGAGAUCAACUUAACUUUCAACAGCAACAACGUGACUGACAUGUUCCCUGAGAUGCCCUUCACGGAAGCCAUGCGCGAGCAGUACUGCUGGAGCAAAUGGCACGUGAGGCCCCGAGCACGAUGGCUGCAGACAAACUUCUGGGGAGGAGACCUGAAAAGUGCAAGCAACAUCAUUUUUUCAAAUGGAGACUUGGACCCGUGGGCUGGAGGCGGGAUAAAUAGCAGCCUCAGUCCUUCACUAAUUGCAUUGACCAUCAAAGGAGGUGCUCAUCACCUAGAUCUCCGAGGACGCAAUCCAGCUGACCCCCCGUCCGUCACAGAGGCGCGCAAGCUCGAAGCAAGCAUCCUCGCUGGGUGGGUGAAAGCUGCAAGGCUGGAGGGAGCACAGGAGAAGCGCCCGGGAGCUCCAGUGGGCAGAUGGCCCUGACUCCAUCCCCGCAGCCUCCAGCAGGGCUGGGAGGCUGCCGAGCUGGGCCUGUGCUGUUUGGAAAAGUGUUCUCUCCUCGGCCCUGAGAGGGGAAAUUCACCUGUCUGAAGUGUCCCACCUGCCCCUAAUCAAGCAUCCAAAUGAACGCAAAAGACCACUGACUGAAGCCAAAGGCACACUGUGUGGGUUUCAUGCUCACCUCCUUGGAAUGAGAAGGCAUUAUAAAUGGUGGAAAUAAUAAAAGCUUGCUUGAAGGCUUAAGAAUCAUCACUGUUCUGAACAGUAUGGUUGCAGGGAGCACCUGAAGGUUGAAGCUAGAUUAUUUUUAGACAAAAAAUAAACACUAGAUGCCUGGAGGAGAAGCAGAGGUCUGGUCAUUACUUACACAGUUUCACAGGGGAGUCCACUAGUGACCAGUUAUGUCAGCCUCAUCCAGUACUGUGGGUUUGGGUUUUUUGUUAGUUUUUGGUUUUAACUUGCUCAAGAGAUGUCCAGUUGGUGACCUGGAGUUUUACACAAAAUAAUCCCGGUAUGUACUGUUGUCACUCAAGAGCUGCUUAUUAGUGACCAGUAAAGCACACUUCCACUUGAGUUGUAAUUUAUUUUAAAAAGAUCUGAAGACAAGUUUAUUAAAGUGUGUGAUAUAAUUUCAUGACUUGAUAGUAUAACCAAAGAAGAUAAAAAAGGAUACUUCUCACCUUUCCAGGCAGAGUAAACCCAUCUUUGCACAGAGACAGGUGGAUUCUUACCUACUGGAAUUACUAUGCACCAAUAAAUACUAGCAUAAUUGCAAAAAUAUUAAAUCCUGGUAAUUAA